UCCAUUUUGGAAACAGCUGUUUAAGGACGUAAUCCCUUGCUUUGUCUUCAAGGGGCUGUCCAUGAAACAGUACGCCUGCGAACACAACUUCUCUUCUCCUUCACCGAAGACGCUUAACAUAAAUCUGCCGAAUCCAGUCGAUAUGAAUUUAAAUAGGACUUUAAACUUUACAGGGGGACAUCCCUAAGCUUGCGUUGUAACAAGUGGAGGAAACUCGAUCGGGACCAAGAUGAUGGACGUGGAGGCAUCAUACUCCGAAUUUAUCAGUGGUGACCGCACAGGCCGCAGAAACGCUGUUCCUGACAUCACAGAGGAGGCUCAGGAAGUGGGCACCAGCGACCUUAGCAAGGACAUGGCCCAAAUGGACCUCAAACCCACAGAGGCAGCCUCCACUGCGGCUCCACCUCCAGAGGCAGAGGCAUCCGGAAGCCAGGGGUCGCAGGGGAACAACGGACCUUCCUAAAGCCCGAGACGGAGUAGGGAUGAAGAGGAGACUGGAGGGACAGUCAGUGAUGGGCAGAGGAAAGAAGGAUUCCUUUUGAUCUGAGUGACUAGUUUCUCCCACAGACUGCCCCCAUGUGGCUUUCCACCAAUGGCGUGCUUCGUUGUCUUGGACUGUACUCCGGAGCUCGACAUGGACUGGCAUUACAGCUCUUUAAAGUGAGCUUAUUUUUCCUGCCAACAUCACACAAAAGCACAGAGUGUUUGUUUUAUAUCUUAUCUCUUUUUUUAAUUGAACCUUAAUACUGUCUGUUAUAUAUGAGAAAUAACUUCAAUGCAUAUUCAUACAGUAUCUAUGAAGUUUUGUUUUUCCAAGUGAAAGUUUGAAGUUGCGUCCCCCUGUUGUCACGGGAUGGAAGUUCUGCCUUGCUCUUGUGCAAUGGGAUGUGCUCGAGCCUCCUGUGUCCUUUUCUAAAUGUGUGCUGGAGCCCUAGUAGACUGUUACAGAAUGGCAUGUUAGCUUGAUCUGUCGCAGUACGCGCCUUGCAACCUCACUGUCCAGCUGGAACCUCUGUGUUCUGUUCCGGAGCAGAGGUGGAGCCCCCUGUGCUCUAAAAUGGAAUGGCACUCAAGUUCAUGACCCAGUUUUUUUUUGCUCCUUGGUGAUUCUGUUGCCAGAGAAUGCGCUGUAGGGAACAUAUUUCAUGUUAUUCAGUAGAGUUGCUUUUUUCAUCCGUAUGGAACAUGCUGUGUUCACAUACAGGCAGUCUGGGCAUCAGAGGCGGUGAAUAACACUGCUUUUAUUUUAUGUUUUUACUGUAACAACCUCAGAAUAAAAGACAAUUUCACUGGA